GUAUUAGGCACAUAUCCUGUUGAAAGUGAUAACUGUGAAAUGGAAAAUGUUCUUUUCAUUUUAAUAAAUGAAGAUAAGAAAGAUCCUAAUGUUCAGUCAGUAUUCAUCAAAGGCAAAUAUUAUAGUAUCUGUAGAAAAGUUGUACCUAGAACUUAUAAUUGCAAAUUAAGAUUAAAAAUGACAGCUAUAUUGUCAACUCAUCUUAUAAUCAAAAGAGAUCUUAGUUCAAAUAGAUAUCCGUUAAAAGCUUCGUUAGUAGAUAUUGUUCAAGAUAUUUCAGAAGAGGUUAAUAAUGAGAGUGCAAUAUUGAAAUUGUUA